AUGGCAUCGUCGCGAGUGGUGACAGGCAUUGGACGUCAGGUGAAGCCGAUCCUGAGUGUGGACAGGGAUGACGCCCGGCGUCGCGUGAAGAACCUGUAUAAGGCGUGGUACCGACAGAUCCCAUACAUUAAACUCGAUUUAGAGCUCCCGGUGUCGGAACGGCAGCUGAGGGACAAAGUGCGACAACUCUUCUUCGACAACAAACACGUCGAGGACGUCCGUGUGAUCGACAUGUUGGUCAUCAAGGGUCAGAUGGAGUUGAAUGAGACCAUCAAUCGCUUCAAACAGCACACCCAUGUCAUGGCCUACUUCAAGGACACCCACAACCCCCGGCCCAAGGACUUCAUGUCCAAGUUCUUGAGCGGACACAACGCCGAGUGA